UAACUGGGAUGGAGGCUCAUUUGAAUAUUGCCAGGUGGUUUUGUGUAUACAGCAGAGCUGCGUAAAAACAAGCGCCGGGUCGUGCGGUUAGCUUACCUAAUGGAAAAACAUCAACUUUUUGAGGUCACGAUGUUGUUUUUCAAAUGGUUUUGGAUAUUCAAAUUAGCAUAUUAGCGUUCAACUUUACAAGGCUUCAACAGAGGAGGGGGGGGGUUCCCGUCUGUGAGGUGACGUGACGCCACGCCGAGGGGAUUUCCACGCCCCGAAUCAGCCAAUCAGCGCCGAGGCUGCUGCGGAAACACAAAAGUCAAGCAAAUAAAGGGAGAAGAUUUGACCGAGAAGAGACGUCUAAUACAGGGAAUUAUCCGGCCUGGAAAGAAUUCAAGGACACGACAGUUCAUGGUCUUAAAGGACUCCUCACAUGCGAUGAAAGACAUGGACGUCUUCAGUGGUGCCUCUGACCGAGGGCCAUCAGACUUCGAUCUUAUUCAGGAAAUCAUAACAGAGUACGUUGAACAGCCAAGUGCCCCCUUCCCUAGACCUGGUCCCCCUCCUGCCGACCUCCUCGACCAGCUGCCGUGCAGCCAGCACUCCAGGAUGCACCAGCAGAGUCCGUCGCAGCCAGUGCUGGUGGCGAGAGGCACCGCACACCAGCCAAACUGCACCUUUCCUCAGCCCCAGCUGCGGUUAGGCAAUUCCAAUGAGAUGGCGUCAGCUCCUCCGUCACGGCCUGGCACCUCACUAUCCAAUCCCUCUCGCCGCGGUCAAGGCUUGUGUUUGCCUGCCUCCAGGAAAUCCGUUGGCGUUUCCUCUCAGAGCCGAAGCGACACAGAGAUGCUGGAGCGGAUUCUGGACAACCCCAAACUCGUGGUGGUGGAGGAGCCCAAGGACAGAGGCAUGAGGUUUCGGUAUGAGUGUGAAGGACGCUCGGCCGGCAGCAUCCUGGGGGUGUCCAGCACUGACACCAACAAGACUCAGCCUGCGAUAGAGAUACAGGGUCCCAUUGACCACAUAAAGAGGGUCACAGUCACCGUCUCCUUGGUGACCAAAGACCCCCCACACCGGCCUCACCCCCACUGCCUUGUGGGUAAAGACUGCCCUCCUGGUUCAGGAAUCUGUGUGGUCACGGUCAACCCUCACACCAACCGGCGGCACAGCUUUGCUAACCUUGGUAUCCAGUGUGUGAGGAGGAAAGAGCUUGACAUGUCACUUCAGAAAAGAAGAAGCCAAAAUAUCGACCCCUUUCAAACUGGUCACUCGAAGGGCAUUGAAGACUUGGACAUGAACGCGGUGCGUCUCUGUUUCCAGUGUGAGCUCGAGUGGGAGGACGGCAGAAAGGACAGUCUCAGCCCAGUGGUGUCCAGUACCAUCUAUGACAAGAAGGCCACGACUACAUCACAGUUGAAGAUCACCUGUUUGAACCAGUAUAGAGGCCCCUGCACAGGCAAGACGGAGAUCUACAUGCUGUGUGACAAAGUGCAGAAAGAUGACAUAGAGAUCAGAUUCAGUCGAGGGUCGUGGAAGGCGAACGGUGAGUUUGCCCAGACGGACGUGCACCGGCAGAUCGCCAUCGUGUUUAAGACUCCGCCCUACCAGGACCAGAACAUCACAGAGGAGGUUGACGUCAAUGUCGUCCUACGUCGCAUCUCGGACCAGAUGGAGAGCGAGCCCGUCACCUUCACGUACCUGCCGCACAACCCAGAUCCAUACGAGGUGAAGCGGAAGAGUAGGAUAAAAACGGACAUCAGUUUCAGAGAGAAAUCUUGUUUGACAGCCGAGUGUGCACCUGCAGCAGAGCAGACCUUCCACUUCCCGCCGCCUCAAGCCAUGAUGUCUCCAGAUAAGAGGCUUUGCGGUGCCCAGCCUGUGGUGCCCGCUGUAGGGGAGGCGUGUUACAAUGUACCCCAGGACUCAAACAGCGAAGACACGGCCAUCCUUAAUCAGCUGCUAGACAAUCCUGCAUUAUGGGAAAUGAUUUGCAACCCCAACCUCGACCUGUCCUGUGACUUAGAGGAGUUACCUGAUGGCAACUCCACGUUUGCCAACGUGGAUAUGAACUUUAACCAGAACUUCAGCUCAUACCCACAGGACUUUUCCCAGUUCAAUGACUUGCAGUUCAACAUGCUAGUCAAUGAGAACCAGACUCCACAGUCAGAGCCACAGGACAGUCUGUCCAAUGUGGUUCAGGUGAAGAAAGAAGAGGCACUAUGAGGACGGGAUCUUCAUUAACAUUCAGCAUCAUUAACACACUCUCUCUCUCUCUCUAGCUCUCUCUCUCUCUCUCUCUCUCUCUCUCUCCUCUCUCUCUCUCUCUCUCUCUUUAUUCUGUAAAGGAAUAGUUUGACAUUUUGAAAAACGCGCUUAUUCGCUUUCCUUAGUUGAGAAGAUUGAUACCACUCAUGUUCUGGAUGUUAAACUACAGCCAGUGCAUGGUUAUCUUAGCUUAGAUUAAAGAGUAGAAGCAGGGCGAAACAGCUGGCCUGCCUCAGUCCGAAGGUAAAAGAAUCUUGAUACCAGCUCCUCUAAAGCUCUGUAAUUAAAGCAUAACUCUCUGCAAGGAAGAGAAUAAGUGCACUUCCUGAAAUGCCAACCUACAUUUUUAACCUUUCAGAGCUAGAUGAGAUUAUGUUGUCCCAAAUCUAAGAUGAAGCUAAAUGCCUCAUUUGUGCCAGCUGCUUGCGCUCUGUAAUGUGUUUGUAAAGUAAUUUAGUUUCACAGCUCUGCUCUGUUACCCUCACUUUAGCCCUGCAUCAAAGCCUCGCUGGUCAAGGCUUUAGCAAGGUUAACAUUUCUAAAUAUUUGUCCAAAAAUGCUGCUAGCAUUAACUUAAUGGCUUAAGGUGAAAAGAAGGUGACUCUCACAGUACGAGUGGAGCUUAAAAAGAGAACUCAUGAACUUCUCCCUGUAACUUGGAAACAGCAGAACCCUUCUGUAAAUUGCUGUCUAUUGUAGUUAAUUGUUGGUAAGACUGAAAUACCUGUUUAGUGUUUUUGUGAGAUCUGUUUUGCUUAUUCCAAAAAAAAAAAGAAAACAAAAAAAAAGGCUGACUUCCUACUAGAAGAUGUCAGCAGUGUGAAAGGAUUUUAGUUUUACAACACAAAAAGUCUCCUCUUCACAAUAUUCUUGUUUGCUAUUGCUCUUUGUUGUUGCACCAGCCGGCUUGUUUAAUAUUUAAUCAACACAAAUGCAAUAGAAACCAGUCCGUGUUGUAUUCAUAGUUCUCUUUGUGUCAGUUCCUUUUGUUCUGCAGUUUCACUCUCGUGCUAAUUCAAACAUGUCCAACCCCGCCCCACCCCCUUCGCUGUGGCACUCCACUGUAAAUAUAGCAAAUAAAACGUAAACAUGU